UUGGUGCGGCUCAGUACACACGGUGACGUCACGGCCCCGGGGAGUUGGCGGCAUGUGCUUUGAUCUGUGCGGCCGACCAGCAAGCUGAACUUCCUCGCUCCACAACGCUUCAAAUUCUACCUUUUCCUCGCCAUGGAGUGGAUAUACAGCUAACUAUGGAGAAACAGAUCGGUUUGGAGCGAGUCUAGGUGAGCCAGAGUUCCCACUGGAUGGUAAAUUGUUGUUGAGUAGGGACUGGAGUGCCCCCCUCCCCCCAGCACCAUGAGUAUUGGUGUACAGGAGUAUCUCCAGGACACUGGGGGAAGCAAGUUCACCGAGGACUUACCCACCAGCGCGCGGCCGCCCGUACCCGGCGAGGAGACGGAAUCCAACCAUGGAAGCCAGCACAGCGGCUCCAGCAACACCAAGAGUGAAUACUCCACAAAAUCAGACUACUCCAAGUCGGACUACUCUCACUCGUCGGCGGGUACGCCAAGACGGACUAACUGCGACUUGGGAUUCGAACCAGAGGGCAGCGCGUCGCCUACGCCGCCGUACCUACGCUGGGCGGACAACCUGCAAGCGUUAUUGUCGGACAAGGACGGUAGCCAGUUGUUUGGAUUAUACCUAGAGAACGAAGACUCCAAGCAUCUGUUGGAUUUCUACUUUGCCGUCAACGGCUACAAAAAGUUGGACCCCUUGGACGACAAAACACAGAGACUAGCAAAAGUUGUCUACGCCAAGUAUAUCAAAGAGGGGAAAGGAAUCCUGAGUCACAGAGUAAAGCCUGGAACAAAACAGUACUUAGCCAAAAAUAUAGACUGUAAGCCAUUGGACAUAUCUAUAUUUGACCAGGCGCAAUUGGAGAUAGAAAAGUUCAUGGAAGAAAAUGCCUACAGACUGUUCUUAGAGAGUGAUAUCUACCUACAGUACUGCCGGAAUGGCGGGGAAGUCUCACCUAACCAAGUAGUGACGGAACUGGCGAAUACGUCCGGUAACGUGGGAAACUUGACAACGGGAGCGAUACUAGCUCCUCUGCCAACGCUACACGAAAACGUUGAACUUAGUACCGAAGACACGAUGGAGACACGAACACUUCCGUUGACGGCAGAACACCUUCUAGCUACCUCACAAAUAAGGCUCAGGAGUGACAGUAGAGACAGAGAAAGAUUGACGAGAGGAGGGAACCCGUACCACCAGACGUACGCGCCUGCGCCGGCCACGUCAGCGAACGAUUCCGAGCUGCAGAGUCUGUCCAGUGAACAGACGGACGACACCAUGUCUCUCACAGACAGUAGCAUCGACUUAGAUGGGGUGUCCAACCACAGACACAGAAGAAGACGACAGCUGAAGGGGAUGAGACAAGACGCCCAGCGUAACGGCAACGUCAUGUGCUACCCGCCAUUCCCGCAACCGAGAACUCAGAGGCUCCCCAAAGAGAUGAAAAUGAUGGAGCCCAAAAAGUUUGCGGAACUGUUGAUCGCCAAGCUGGAGAAAGUUAAACAGGACCGGGAGAACAAGGAGCGACUGGACGAACAGCUGAGAAGAAUGGAGGGCGACUGUGGUGCCAGUCAGGCAUCAGGAGAAUCUCAGGGAGCGUCGGGAGCCGACCCCACCCAGCCCAGACUCUUCCCGCUCAUGGACGACACCACCAGCAUCGAUGACGACCCGGAGUCCAUCCUGGACGAGCACGUGUCGCGCGUUCUCCAGACCCCGGGCUGCCGCUCCCCCGGCAGGCACUCCCCCGUCAGACCCAACAAGAGCCACAUCUCAGGUGUUCCCCACCACGUGUCCUUCCCCGGCGCGCUCGCCGGCGCUUCCGCCAUGGCCUGGCACAACCGCUCGCGCCCCAAGGACGUCUCCAAACGGGACAGCGGACUGGGAGACUCCACCGAGGCGGAGACCGUCACCCAUUACCACAAAUAUUACUACCAUCAUCACCACCACCAUCCCAAGUCAAGGGACGGGCUGGAGAAACAGACGGAGAUGGAAACACAGAGGAAAGUACAGAGAGACUCGGAAAUGUACACCACACAGUCCCGCGUACAUCAGGACAGCAUGGGCGGCACGGCCGAGUCCCUGCGACACGACGCGCGGAGAGAAGUCGUUGGCAAGCGUGGCGGCGGCAGGAAGGAGGAAGGCGAACCGUUCCUGGCCUUGCCUGUAGAGACGGAUAGAUUUGGGAAGGUGUGGGACUGGAUGGAGGAGGGUGAGAGGGAGAGGUACAGAGGAGGCGUCAACGUCAGAGAACCUAAGUUCAAACGCUCAUCCAAGACAGCAUCCCAAGCAACGCAUAGAAGCUCUGGAAAAGCGAGCUCCAGCUCAGCCAAGAAGCCCUUGGCGUACAACACGUCGCGCCCGACGUCCAUGGAGCGGCCGGCGGUGACUGCGGAGGUGCGGCCCAUGCAGCCGUUCAUGCAGGACACACAGAUGCCGGUCCUGCCGCAGCCCAACCCCCUUAUCUGCUUGGAGGAGGCACGCAGAAGACUGGUCGAGAAGUCCAGCACCAAGGGCAGCAGCAGACAUGUUGUGGACAGCGGUGCCAGGAAGGACAAGGGCAAACUGCCGCAGUCCAAAGUCGUCCCAGCCGUGUCCGACUUGGAACCAGAAGAAGAAACCAGAAAACAGCCUGUCAAAAAGCCAGCGUCUAUGAUGUCUGUGUCGGGUGACAACACCGUGGUCGGGUACUACUUCUGCGGCGAGCCCAUCCCCUACAGAACAACGCUCCCCGGGAAGGACAUCACCCUGGCCAUCUUCAAAAACAGCAUCACCAAGAGAGGAAACUAUAGAUACUUCUUCAAGUGCACAUCGACCGAGUUCGGCUCCAACGCGGUUUACCAGGAGGUCACCGAAGACGAGGACUUACUGCCACUGUGGGAGGGGAAGAUCGUCGGCAAAGUGGAGCGCAUUGAGUGAAAAACAACGAAAGAGACCGUACAUCCUCACGUCUUCCCGCCGUCUGACCGAACACCGCGUCCGCCGCGCUCUAUCAGACCGGGGUUAGGGACGGGGUUUUACGUAGCGGCUGUUUAUUUAUUUUCUCCCAAACGGAAGGCGCUAGUGAUGAGGUCGGCGGACGCGUGGACUGUGAGGCGUCGGGAAAGACGGAAACUUUUGGUGCUGCUUGUCUCAGUGACUGACUCAUACUUGGCAAACGUCCCCCGCCCGUGCAAUCAGCCAUAUAUUUCUUGUUCUGCGUUGUUGCCAAGGUCACCCUGUAUUGUAUAGUAGGAAAGAUUCGAGAUAAAAGAUAAUGUACUAAGGAGGAAGUUUUGUAAUGUCCAGUGUUAACUACUAGUAAUGUCCAUGUUGUUGCAGUUGUUAAUAUUACUUUGUUACCUGCAUUUUUCCCUUGUGAAAGGCUUAUUGUUUGUUAAGUUCUCCUGUAGAUAGUGCCACCGUGGAUUCCUGAUGUAGAUAGUAAAGCCUGGAGGAAUCAGGUGGAGUAAAAACCCUGCUGAUUGUUUAUGCCCCCCUCCCCAUUAAAUAUUUGCCCCUUUCCAAGUUUCAAGUGUAGGUAAUAUUGCUUAAGUUGUGAUAAUUAUUGUAAGGUGAACAUAUUUUAUCCCGUACGCCUGUUUUAAAGGCUUGGAUCAUACCAAGGGAACAUACAAGAACUAACGUAAAGAAACAUGUAAGGGACAAAGCUUCUUUAGACCAGAGGAAAAAAAAUGAAACGCUGUAAAUGUCUGUGAUAUAGUGAUGUUGCAACUCAGAACAAACUGUCAUAUUGGCCAUAAUUCUAAACACUGGACCUCAUAUUGUUUAUAACUUUUAUAUGACCAUCUCCCUUUAUAUUUCCCUGCAAAGCGUUGUUAGGAGUAAAAUCGAACACACGUCAAGUCCCAUAGAGUAGGAACACAUCUGACCAUUUCUUGCCUGUGUUACAUUUUUUCUAUUUUCCAAUGUGUGAAAAAUAGUUGUACAAGAAUUGAUACCUAGGUUUCAAUUGAAACAAUAAAGGUUAUAUAUUUUUAAAGUGAAAA